CAACGCCCAACAGCUGCAGACAUGCAUAUGGCAAAGAUGAUAUAGCUUGAAUGGAAGAGACGCCCAAAAUUCCUCUGCCAGCUACAUUGGGCUUGUCCAGCAAUCCGCUAGCUCACAAGCUAAAUCAGAUUCUCUCCACCUCCUUUCUAGAUGCAGACAUCAAAGCUGCUAUCGACGCGCUUGAGCGUAGACGACCAGGCAAUGAGCCUGAAGAUGGUCAAAGUCUAGGAACAGACAUCUCGCUGCAAAUUCUUGAGAACAACAUGGCUGUCUUGCGAGACUACAAACAGCUCGCAGAAGGGAUGCGCUCAACCAAGAUCGAUAUGCAGGCUAUGCGGCAGGCAAUCGACCAAAUGAAGACUGAAUCAGAGACUGUCAAGGCUUCUUCGUCGCAGUUAAUUAUGCAAGCGUCAUUUUUGAAGCAACAGCGCGCGCGUGUGCACGAAAAGCGUGCGGUACUUCUUGCAUUCCAACGCAAGUUUAUGAUUUCAGAUGAGCAAUUGCUUCGCUUGUCCUCGUCAGAGCCAGUCGACGAUGAUUUUUUCGCUGCACUCGAACGUGUCAAGUGUAUACACGACGACUGUCACUUGCUGUUGGCUACGGACAGACAAUCUGCUGGAAAGGACAUCAUGGACGCCAUGUCUCAGCACUUGGACACUGGCUACGCAAAGUUGCAUCGUUGGAUUCUUCGCGAACUCGGGUCGACAGUGUCUGGAGCUGCAGAGGCGAAUGUGACGCUCCGUCAUGCUCUAAUGAUCUUGUCCGAACGUGCAACCCUAUUUGAGCAGUGCCUGGAACACGUCUCGCGGUCGCGACAACGUAUUCUUGCAAAUGAGUUUUCUCAGGCACUCAAUCGCGGAAGAGAAGGAGGCAGACCCAUGUUGGCAGCAAGUGACGACCCCAUGCGAUUUGUCAAUGAUGUGCUUGCGUAUCUGCAUCAAGCCGUCGCUUCGGAGAAGGAGGUACUUGACGUUAUCCUUGGUAGCGCCAACAAUGCACCAACCGAGACGGAGCAAGCACGCAGGACGUCCGCUGCACAGCUGCUCUCACCACCGGCACUGGAAGACUUGUCAUUCAAUUUUGCCAAUGUGCACAGCUCGCUUGUGGACCGCAACUUCCAGCUCGUGAUGAAACCGCUACAGCAGCACAUUGACCAAGUAGUCAUGUCGACCCAAGAUACCCUUGCGGCGUAUCGGUCAGCCAUCUUGAUUCGCUUUUACAGGGACCUGCUCGCCCGUGUGCUCUUACCGGAAGCCCAGGUGCUUACUUCGCUCAAGGCCCUUGAAAAGUCCUUGACGCAUUGGUUCUUGCAAUUCACCAGAACAGACCUGGCUGCGGUCAAGGUGGCAUUGCCGUCGGCUGAUGUUCACACCUUGCAGCCACCUGGCUUCCUCAAGGAUGCGAUGAAUGAUACUGCAGAUGUGCUCAAUGUGCUCGAUGGCUCAUUCCUCGACACGGCGAGCAAGCAAGCGGAUUUCACUGAAAUGUUUGAUACUAUCCUCAAGCAAGCUCUGGAGCUUUGUGUGCGCAUGGCCGCUGAUCUCGAACAGCCGGCGGCGUCUAUUUUCCUUCUACAUUGUGCUACAGCAGUAACAAAGACGCUCAAACCACAUGAGCACGUUGCAGAAAGUCAAUUGUUGGCUGCUCAAGAGAUUGCUGAUCGAUCGCGACAGGCUAUUGUGGUCGAACAGCACGAGUUUCUGCUAAGACAGACCGGUAUGGCGCGUUACCUUGAGUCUUUUGAGGCUGACAAGACAGAAGACACCGACACAGACACUGAUCGCUUGCUAGUAGCGACCAAGAAGGCCAGUCUGCGCCGCGAAUUGGCCAGUCGACAAGACCUAUUCUCGCAAGCGGCUUUAAGCAGCUUCGAUGAAACACUGGGCGCCUUCCUCCCACGCGCGUCAGCUCAGCUCUCUGAGCGCUUGUCGAAGCUUGACGUGAAUGAUGCUGCCUUAUUCAGUGUUGAUGCCAUCAACAAUGAAGCACUCACUCGUUAUGUCAGGAAUUAUGAGUUCUUGGAAGUACAAGUUGUCGACUAUAUUGAGUUUGGCAGAUCCCUGCUCGGGAAAAGUCAGAGUGAAGUACGGGAAGCCUUGCAUCUCCCUUGGCGAAUCUCUGACUCACACAAGAUUGAGACCAUCAUACGUUAAAUACGAAGCUGAUUUAAAAGAUGCCCAGAGGACGCAA